AAUUAAUUUCUUGAAAUAGUUCGCGAAAUGGAUUCAAGAUUCAUCCGUUCGAUCUCUUCCUCAAGGUGUGAUGGGAAGAGUGGAAAUGAAAUGAAUAAAUGCGAUGAAGAGACUAGUCAAUACCCUUUUGUGAGUAUUUUGAGUAUGCGUGGAGGGGAUGGACACAAUAGCUACUCCACCAACUCCGUUCUUCAGAGAAGAGUUUUAUCAAUGACCAAACCCAUCCUGGUUAAAAACACUAAAGAAAUGAUGACAAACUUGGACUUUCCUAAAUGCAUUAAACUAGUCGAUUUGGGUUGUUCUUCAGGACAAAACACGUUCUUGGUGAUGUCUGAAAUAGUUAACACAAUUAAUCUAUUGUGUCAAGAAUGGAACCAAAACCCGCCAGAGAUAGAUUGUUGUCUGAACGAUCUCCCUAAUAACGAUUUCAACACAACUUUCAAGUUCCUAACCUUCUUCAACGAUAAGCUCACAAGCAAAAAACCAUGCUUUGUCUCUGGAGUUCCUGGUUCUUUUUACUCAAGGCUCUUUCCUCGCAAGAGUCUCCAUUUCGUUCAUUCAAAUUACAGUCUUCAUUACCUCUCUAAGGUUCCGGACAAGCUGGAGAAGAACAAGAUGAGUCUGUACAUAACAAGUUCAACUCCUUCAAGUGACCACAAGGCUUACAUGAAUCAAUUCAAGACAGAUUUUACGACAUUUCUAAGAAUGCGCUCUGAAGAGAUGGUAUCUAAUGGACGCAUGGUUCUCACAUUAAUCGGCAGAAAGACACUUGAUGACCCACGAUAUAGGGAUUGUUGUCACUGGUUGACAUUGUUAUCUGAUUCUCUAUCUGACCUAGUCUCCGAGGGUCUUCUGAGUGCAUCAAAGGUGAAUUCGUUCAAAGUACCGUUUUAUGAUCCAAACGAAGAAGAAAUGAAAGAAAUUAUUAGAAAUGAGGGUUCAUUCAUGGUAAACGACUUGGAGACACAAAUGUUUGAUCUCGGCCUUAGUAACGAAGAUUAUGGCUUGCAAUCAGCUAGAGCUAAAACAGGGGGAAAAGAAGCUAAUUGCAUAAGAGCAGUGACUGAAUCGAUGCUUGUAGCUCACUUUGGAGAUGCCAUUAAUAUCGAUACAUUGUUUGAAAAAUAUGCACAUCAUGUGUCGCAGCAUGCUAGCUGCAAGAACAAAACGUCAGUCAGUCUAGUUGUUUCGUUGAUUAUGAAAUAAAUUUUAUUAUGUAACCCGUGUGAUGUGUCAUGCUCAUGCCCAUGGGCUUAAUCAAUAUAAACCACCGAUAAAAAUCCGUGCGAACGUUUUUAGAGACCAAGGUCAUUUUUUCUUUCGACAACACCUAGAUCAUUUUUUCUUCUGAUGA